AUGGCCCGUCUUACGAGACUCGCGGCCACGGCUGCGGCGGCUGCCUCUCUGGCGCACGCCAGCUCGGCGACGCUGGACGACGUCUGCACUGUCUCAUAUGUGCAGUCGUCGCUGCCAGACGACGACUACUUGACCGGAGUCAGCACGUUUCCCGACACGGUGACGGCGGCGGUGGUGACCAACGCCUCCAUCUCGGGUGAGAACUUCUUCCCGGACGCCGUCAUCGACUUUUGCAACGUGACUUUUGCAUACACGCACCGUGGCCGCAAUGACACGGUGCUGGUCAACUACUGGCUGCCCGCGCCGGCCAACUUCGCCAACCGCUUCCUGGCGACGGGCGGCGGCGGCUUCGCCAUCAACUCCGGCACGACCGUGUCCGGCUCACUGCCCGGCGGUGUCAUGUACGGCGCCGUGGCAGGGCUGACGGACGGUGGGUUCGGCAGCUUCGACACGGAAGUGUCGAGCGCCAUCCUCAUCGAGAACGGCACGAUCAACUAUGACGCCCUGUACAUGUUCGGCUACCAGGGCAUCCAUGAGAUGACGCUGCUGGGCCAGGAACUCACGCAGACCUUCUACAACUCCUCCUCCACAAAGCUGUACAGCUACUACCAGGGCUGCUCUGAGGGUGGCCGGGAGGGCAUGAGCCAGCUGCAGCGGUUCCACGACCAGUUCGACGGCCUGGCCAUCGGCGCCCCCGCGCUGCGGUACGCCUUCCAGCAGGUGCAGCACCUGUGGGCGGGCUACGUGCAGAAGAAGCUCGACACCUUCCCGUCGACGUGCGAGUUCAGCAAGAUCAUGAACGCGACCAUCGCCGCGUGCGACAAGCUGGACGGUAAGGAGGACGGCGUCAUCGGCCGCUCGGACCUGUGCGCGCUCGAGUUUGACCUGCAGAGCAUCGUGGGCGAGGCGUACUCGUGCGCGGCCGACUUCACCAUCAGCGUCGAGUACGGCGCCGGGGCCGAGCCCGUGGACACGCCCGCCGUGAGCGGCAAUGUCUCGCAGGAAGCCGUGACGAUGAUGAAGACCAUCCUGGCCGGCCCCAAGGACUCGGAGGGCCGCCAGAUGUACUUUUCAUACCAGCCGGGAGCGUACAUCGACGACUCGGUGACCGAGUACGAUUCGACCACCGACACGUGGGGGCUGGACAUCUCCGCGCUGGGCGGCGAGUUCGUCACCCUCUUCCUCGAGAAGGUCGAGCUGGACAACCUGCCCACGCUGGACGGGGUCACGGCCGACACGCUGAAACACUGGAUCAUGCAGGCCUGGACCGAGUUCGAGGAUACGCUGCAGACGACCUGGCCCGACCUGACCCUGCUGGCCGAGUCGGGCGCCAAGAUCCUGCACUUCCACGGCGAGCAGGACGACUCCAUCCCCACGGCCUCCUCGGUGCGCUACUACGAGUCCGUCCGCAGCAUCAUGUACGGUGACCUCAACACCACCGCCUCCUACGCCGCCAUGGACGAGUUCUACCGUCUCUUCCUGGUCCCCGGCGGCGCCCACUGCUCGCCCAACACCGCCCAGCCCAACGGACCCUGGCCCCAGACCAACCUGCAGGUCCUCAUCGACUGGGUCGAGGCCGGCGUCGCGCCCGCCACCUUGAACGGCACCAUCCUGCAGGGCGACCAGGCCGGCGACAACCAGCAGAUCUGUCCUUGGCCGACUCGUCCGUACUGGUCCAACGACACCGCCGCCAACCCGGACUGCGUCCACUCGGAUUCCAUCGAGGCUAUGAUUUAUGACCUCGACGCUUUCCGCAUGCCUGUCUACUAGAAUUGUGCACGAGAGUAGUAUUCCGAUGUUAAUUCAUAGAUCUUCAUUAGUUGUACGUUUCGGUCAUCCCCACCUCUUCCGAUCGGAAGCGUUCGGAAGUCACAUAAUGAAUAACUAAUUAUAUAAUCAAGUAGUAUAUAACAAGUACUUUCCU